CAUUAAUCCAAAUGACUGCAAAACAGGAAAAGAAAGGGAGAAAUUUUGACACAAGUGCCCAAUUAAGGGGAGAGGAAAAGCUAUCAUUUUCUCCUUUCUUUACUUCUCCUCUCCCCUUCCAUCCCCCCUCUCUCUCAGCCUAGCUGAGGAAAAAAACAAACAAAAACUAAAGAAGAAGUCCUUCGUUUUUGUCAAGGAAGGGAUAGAUAGAGAUCAGAGAUAAUUAGUUAAAAAUGGGGGAUUCAUCGGAGGAUUUCGCAUGCGGGAAAGAGUUGUUCAAUCCGGUGCUAACCAUGGGCAUGCAGUAUUCAUGCAUUCUUGUCAUUUCUCACUUUCUUCAGAUUCUUCUCAAGCCCCUUGGCCAGGCUGCCCCCAUUGUUCAAAUUCUCGUAAGCUGGAUUUUUAUUAGGCCCCUCUGGUCUGUCUCACAUCCCCGCAGUCAACAGUUUCUUCCUCCAGAACUUUGCUGCCGACUACUAUGAAUUCAUGGCGGUCCUGUUUAGAAUCAUCAUCAUGUUUCUCAUCGGUCUAGAGAUGGACUUUCCUUACUUCAUCCGCAAGUUACGCAUAGCCAGCAUCGUAGCAUGUGGAUCAUGCUUAAUGUGCACUUUCUUUGCUGCCGCCAUUACAUCAUUUGUAUACCAAGAGACAUCAUCCCACGGUUCUGGAUUCAUGAUGGGGUUAUUGAUCACUAUACUCCUAGCCAGCACUGCCUCCCCCGUUGUAGUUCGUUUGGCGGUUGAUCUGAAAUUCGCAACUUCGGAUAUCGGACGUCUUGCCAUUUCUUCCUCACUGCUCAAUGACGCAUAUGGGGUGGUAUUGUUGUUUGUGAUUUCAAAGACGAGACAGCAUUAUUCAUACACUGCUUGGGUUUUCCUUGGUCUCCUCUACCUUUUCGUGGUGGGCGUUGUUGUGGUGGUCAACAUGUAUGUGGCAAACUGGAUGAACCGGCGGAAUAGGAACCAGAAGUACCUUAAGAACGCUGAGUUGUUUGGUCUUUUGGCUAUUUUAUACAUUGUUGCCAUGUCUCUAGAACUCAUGGGGUUUAGUAGUUUGAUAUUUUCGUUCCUUAUCGGAUCAAUGUUUCCUCGAGGAGGAAGGGCAGCUAGGACGUUGCUGACCAAACUUACAUACCCGGUUCACAACUUCAUACUACCAAUUUAUUUUGGGUAUUUUGGGUUUAAGGCAAAUGUGGCUUUCAUUAACAGCCUUCGCAACUUUUGUAUCGUGUUUUUCAUAAUGCUUUUGAGUUUUGGAGGUAAAAUUGUUGGCACUUUGGCUGCUUGCUAUCACCUAAAGAUUCCCUACUAUGAAGGAGUGCUCAUGGCUUUCCUAAUGAACCUAAAGGGACAUGUUGAUUUGCUAGCUUUGACGAUUGGGUCAACGAAUAGAAUUAUAUUGAGUGACACAUUCUUCAGCUUGAUGAUAUCAGCGGUAGUGUUAAAUUCAUUGAUAUGGGGGCCCAUCAUAGCUUUGAUGGUGAGAAGGGAACACGACAUCAUAGGCUACAGACAAAUAUACUUCGAAACGCAAAGCCCAGAAUGUGAGCUUCGGACCCUCGCAUGUGUACACGGUCCUCGACCUGUGGCCACCAUGGUAGGACUCAUAGCAGCAUCAAGAGGUCCUGAAAACAUUCCCCUCACCCCUUACUUAAUGCACUUGGUUGAGCUCCCAGGGAAAAGCAAUACCAACUUGAUGUACAACCAAAAAGAAGAAGAUGAGGUCAGUGAUGAUGACGAUUAUGGUGGGAACGAUGUUGUGGAGAUAAACGACGCUGUGGAUCUAUUCACGGCUGAGACAGGGUUGAUGGUUCAUCAGAUCAAAGCUGUGGCACCCUUUGCUAGUAUGUAUAAAGAUGUGUGCGACUAUGCUGAGGAUAUAAGAGCUUCCAUUGUUUUCCUUCCAUUCCACAAGCACCAAAGAAUAGAUGGGAAACUGGAGACUAGUAAAGAAGGCAUAAGGACGACGAACCAGAAAGUGCUUCGUCACGCACCGUGUGCCGUUGCCAUUCUGGUGGACCGCGGUCUCACAGCAGGCUCGUUGAACCUCACGGGCUCUGAUUCUUUGCAACACAUCGCGGCUCUGUUUUUCGGUGGGCCCGAUGAUCGUGAGGCGUUGGGGUUCAGCAAACGCCUAGGAAUGCAUAAUCACAUCAACCUCACUGUUAUAAGGUUCCUUUCAGCAUCUGGACAGGGACAAAGCGUGGGUGUUGAUAUUGCUCAUAAAGAGGAAAACAUUUUAAUGGCAAUUUCUGAUCGUGAAACAGAAAGAGAGGCAGAUAAUGAAGUAUUGUCUGAAUUCUACCAUAGGUAUGUGACUUCGGGUCAAGUGGGAUAUGUAGAAAAGGUAGUAGAGAACGGAUCAGAAACGGCGUGUGCAUUGAGGGACAUGGCAGAUAUGUAUUCUUUAUUCAUAGUAGGGAGGGAAGGGAGAGGGCACUCACCUCUGACAACAGGAAUCAGUGAUUGGGAAGAAUGUCCAGAGCUUGGAAAAGUAGGAGACUUUUUGGCGUCUGCAGAAUUUGAUUUUUGUGGUUCAGUUCUGGUCAUGCAGCAGCAUAGACCUUCAAAACACGAAGAUGAUGAUGACUAGCCACGCUGAACAUGUCCCUUUUUCUACAAUUAAAGAUAGAAAGAGAUGAUAUGUUGUAUAAUGUUAGUGGGUGGGUGUGAUUAUUGACUGACAGGGUAUCUGAUACACUGCACAUGGUGUAUAUAGCGAAAAUGUUUUGCAC